AUGGUGUCUCAACCUAUCAGGUUCAAAUGCGACCAACCUCUAGUCGAGUCCCCUGUCCGCGGCAUGCUCGACAUCCUUGCGCUUCCAGGCACAGCAGGCAAAUCCAGAUGUCCCGCACGGGUUUACAGGGAUUCUGCACACGUUAUUUGUCGACACCAAGGCGUUCCGAGGUGCCUCGAUGUGGGCGGAUAA